UAGAGCCAUCAAGGCUGCUUAAGAGUAUAGUAAUGACUUAAACUAGGAAGUACUGAUAUAAAGUGGUCUACAGUGGAAUAUAACAAGGUUUACACACAAUAAUGAAGCUCCUCUAUGUUUUAGGGAUCUGGAUUUGUCUGUCAGUUACAGAUGGAGCUGAUAUACAUGGAUACAGUGGAAAAGGUGUCACAAUUACAUGUUCCCACGGCAUGGCUUCAACCAAUAUAAAGUAUUUCUGCAGAGAACCAUGUGAAGACAGAGAUGUUUUAGUGAAAUCUGACCAGUCACCUACAGGAAGAUACACACUGAAGGAUCAUGGAGCUGGAACCUUCACUGUGAGCAUCACUGAUCUACAGGAGUCAGACUCUGGCAUUUACUGGUGUGCAGUGGACAGAUCUGUUAAAGACACAUAUAAGAAAGUCAAACUGACAGUAUCUAAUGCCUUGGACACAAACAGACCCACAACUCCUAAACCAGCAGCAAGUUCUCAAUCCUCCAUGACACAAAGUUCAUUCUCCACAUCUUCAGCAUCUGGUGACACCACAACCUCAUCUUCAACAGGAUUUAAAGGUCCUGUUGUUUCAUCCAAACCAGCAUCUAAUGAGAGCGGUGCACAAUAUUCACUCUCCUCAGGUCCUCUGAUGAUCACAGCCGUCGGUCUGACUGGGAUGGUGAUUAUAUUUGGAGCGGUUCUCUGUUUAUGGAAUAAGCAAAAGAAAAACUCACCAAGUUCCAAUGUUGAUGCUGAAAUCCAAGGCACCACACAUUCAACAGAGACUGCAGGUGAUUAUGAGGAGAUCACGGAGACCCAACAGCGGACUGAAGCACACACAAACAUCAUCAUUUAUUCUACUGUCAAUAAAAGUACAGCAGCCAAUCAGAUCCAAGAUCCUCCCCUAUACUCCACCCUCUCCAUGUAACUGGAGCCCAGCUGCACCAAAUGAGCUCCAAACCCAAUGCUGAUAUAUCUGCUACACAUGCAGCACUAGGAUACAUGCUAAAGGUUGUGGACAUUUAUUGGGUUAGAAGACCUGGGUGUCUGACCUGAAUCUAUGCAUCUAUGCAUCAAGACACCUGAACCUGACUUGCUUCAGUCAAUGUUGUGGAAUGUGUGUUUGGUGUAAGUAGUUAAGGUCUCUUGAAUGUUGU